AUGCUGCGUAAGCUAUUUAGCAGUGGAAGGGCUCCCGAUAGCACCACCUCGUCUGCUUGUUUAAGUUCGGCAAGCACAAAAAGUAAGGACCAUGGUGAUCUUAAGUUUGUUGACAUGGUGACACGUCUCGAGCUGUUUGAAGCUGCUCUGAAAGACACAAUUAACAAGCUAUCGCGUCACUGCCAAGCCAUCUGUGAAAUGGUAAAUUCUAGCCGUGAACUCGGAUCGUGUCUGCAGUAUCUUUAUGAUAGACAGGAGGUACCAGUAGCAGAUGCGCAUACGCUUUUAGAAGAUAUCUCAGCGUUCAGGACAAAUGCAAUUGCACCACUUCAAACUCUAUUAGAUGGACUUGCACAGAUCAAGCUUAAGUGUGAGUACCGCAACAGCGCAAAGAGUAUAAUGGAUCGAUACGAACAAAAGGUGGUAGAUAUGGAAUCAAAGACUCAUCACGUUUCUUCCCGUCUUCGACGUAACCGAGCUAAGCAUCAAGUCGCUUUUGCACGUUUUCAAGUGCUUGAUAGCGAAUUAAUUACAGAUGCAGAAGUAAUCCUUGAUAAUAAUCUCCAAGAAAUCGCUAGUCCGGCUAUUGAAACGUUAUUCAUUCAGCACCAGGCUCUUGCAGCUCAUUGGAUGCAAGCUGGAGUCAUAAAUCUUCAGAAUCAUUUGAAAGAAUGUCGAACCCUUGCGACGGAGAAAAAGUUAGAGCAACAGCAAAAGCAGGCGCAGGUGGACGCACAUGACAUGCAAACGAACGAUGCUGAGGCAGACGAUAGAUUAAGCGACAAUGACAUGGGUAGGAUCAACAAUGGAGCGAUUACAAGCUUGGAAAAUCAUAUACAAAAUGACAAGCCAUCUUCACCACGUUGUCCAACACCGACAAUAAUGCAGUUUAAUAGGCCUGAUUGUACCGUGCCCGACAACAAUCUUGACCAGGAGCAAAGCAUAUUUCCGCGCAGAAAUCUCGUAUCCGGUACACGGACGUGGAAAUUACAACGUCAAAUGAAAGAUUCUAUGGCGUCUGGACUGGAUCUUGUCGACUGUAUCCAACUGCCCGAAGGAUGCCAACUCGACGAGUGGAUCGCCGUGCACGUGAUUGACUUUUUCAAUGAGAUCAGUUUGCUUUUUGGCACGAUCUCAGAGUUUUGCACACACAGCUCGUGUCCGGUAAUGUCUGCAGGGCCAUGCUAUACAUAUUUGUGGGCAGACGGUCUGCAGCAAGUGGCGCCAAUUUCGUUACCGGCUGCGGAUUAUGUAGAGCGGUUGCUUGGGCAGCAAUGCAAUCAGAGAGCGCAAUCCCAACUUUACACUGCUAAUCAAGCCCGUCGUCAUGACGAAUGUCUAGCACAGCACAUCAAAGCUAAUACAAUGACAUGGAACAGUCAUUCCCAACCAGUGCGGUGGACGUGGCAGGACAAGAAUCAGCAACCGGCUCAAUUUCCAAGACACUACCGCGUCCCGAAGCUUCGUUUAACUUUCGAUCCUGGCGCAGAUAUGGAGCUCUCAGAGACGGAGGAUGUCGUCUCUGUCUUCUUACAGGAGCUGCUGGGCGGAAAGGAAUAUAGCGAAGCGGACGCCACACGUUUGCAUAUCAGACGUCCGUCUCGGCUUAAGAUGCUCUUUACUAAAAUUAUCGGCAUUCUGGACGAGAGUGAGCAGAUUCGCGCGCUCGAAGCACUUAUUAGCCUCGUGCGUAGCAGUUGUGGCAACGUGGAGGCAUGUUCCACAGCCGGCCUUCAACGCGAAAUAUUGGGUUUUCUUAGCGAGCGUGGUCUUUUUGCAGGUCCUAGUCUGCCUUUAACAGUGCUGAAAAAGCUACUUCGGGUGUUCUUGUAUCUGGCUUUCCACUCAGUUAACAUUGACGACAUCCAAGCGAUGUUUGCGGUUUUUCGUAGUAUGCGCAUGGUGCACGAGGAGCCUGAUGAUCAGGCUGUGAGCUGUUACUUGUCAACCCUCGAGCUGAUUGCACGUGACUCAUUCGGGCCCGCGUCAUUCUUCGAUCUAAAUGGCGAAUUGUCAGGUCUAUUGAUGCCAGUGCUACCAGCUUUUCCAAAUAAUGGUUAUACUUUCUGUGCAUGGAUAAAAUUUGAGCUGUUACCAGAAGAAGUCGCACCUUUGUUCACAUUUGGCGGUAAAACUGGAGUGGGUAUCAUGUGCUCGUUUCUGCGCUCAUCGCUAAUGAUUACAAGUUUUGACAAGCGCAAGAAUGACGGACAUGUGGAAGUACCGGAUCUCGUGACGCCAGGUAGGUGGCACUUUUUGUGUAUUACGCACACUCACCGUCAAUUUCGUGGAUCCAAGCUGGAUGUUUAUUUGAAUUCGGAAUUGCGUCAAAGUGUACGAUUAGCAUACCCCAACACAGCACUCAUGGCUCCUGUUGUAAAGGCAUACCUGGCAAUGCGCGAAAGUAAUGGAACCAACGCUUUACGUAUUUUACUUGGUCCAACGGCACUCUUUGGACAGGCACUUCCAGCCAGUAUCAUAAAUAAUAUUCGUAGCGUGGACGAGUACGAUGCGCUUGUAUUCCAGUUUAACUCAUAUAUUUCGUCGUCGGCCACAUCAUCGAGUGGUGGGGUUAAUGGCACACCAGGUUCGUCCGGAGGAUCGAACGCUUCCGGAAUCUCCACUGACGGACUACUGCUCGCCUAUGACGCCCGACACUGCGACCGCCUAAAAGGUUUGUGCUACGAUUCGAGCGGUAACAAUUACCACGCAGCUGCUGCUAGUGCCGGCGUAAGGUUGAGGCAUGCAGGAACAUUCAAACAAGCAGUGGCACAAUUGGGCGGUCCACUCAUCUGUCUACCUUUAUUAGUUACCUCGACUACCGCAGCCGUAACAACAGUGACUGCUCCAGCUACAGAAUUAGUUGUAAAUGGUGACGAUACAUCAGAUACCUCGUCUACUGUACUAAACACUUUAGUGGCAACAAACGGAGCAUUGACGACCCAAUUUGACGAGGAUUCGGACUUUCUUCGACAAAUGAGCGAUCUGAUUGCGCGUCCGAUGGGCGUGCGCAGUAUUCCAAAAGUUGUGUUGCUGAUUGCGGAAAUCAUGCGUCAUUCCCUGGUCAAUAAGUUUAUUUUUCGACGCAGCCAAGGUGUACGUCUAAUGGCCCUGCUGAUACGCUCGCUGCCCCCGCAUUACUUGACAAAUGAUUUAUUAAUCGCUAUUGAGCGACUUCGUAGUGCUGUGAUCACUGACCGAAUUUUGGCAGACGAGAUCUACAAAUUUCUGCUAUUCAACUUCCGCAUAUGGGUAAAUGCACCGGUCGGAAUUCAAGAAACGAUGUUUGACAAACUAGAAAUUAUGUCGCGCAAGGACAGUAAAAACUUGUCUCCAGCGUCAACACGGCACUUUUUGCGCUGUCUGUCGUGGAUUUACUGGCGAGUCUCCUCAUCAACAACACUUCGAAGAGCGCGAGAAUUCAAGCCUGAAGAAAUAAAUCUUCUUCGGAGGCGCGUGUUGUCAAUGAUCAGAAUUGUAUUAUGUGAAUCUCUACCAGCGAAAACUGCAGGAUCCGUCAUGGCUUUCUCGGGAAAGGGCAAGGAAGUGAAGUCUCAGUUGUCGUACGAAAGCACGAGGACCCUCAUAUUCUGCAUGAUUGGAAAGCCGAGCAACCCUAUGAUUCCAGGAAUGAAUAUUGACGGAACGCCAAUCCAAGAGAUUACAUCAACAAAUUCAGCAUCUGAUUCGGCGACUGUUUCUUCUUCAUCAAAAACUAAAAGUCUGCCUGAGAGUGAUCUGGAUGGUAGUGGCUCAAUCGUCGAAAAUGUACCCGAGGCAGAUUUGCCAGACCUGGUGCAGUUGCUAAUUGAGCUGUCUGUUCAGUCCACGGCUCCUUCUGGGAUGCUUGAACUAUUUGGUAGACUAGGUGGCCUCCGAAUAUGGUUGCCGCUGUUAGGGUUUUCAAAUGAUGUCAUUCGUGUGGUGACACUGCGCUUGCUACGUACGUACCUCUAUUUACGAUGUGAAUGCAGUGAAGAUCCGGAAAUGGUGAAUAGCCCAGAUAAAAUCCAGCUUUCCGUUGGCGACGCAUAUUUGAUUAUGCACUCGCUGAAGCCUGAGGAAUUACCUGUCUCCAUGGGAGUCUACUCUGAAAUUUUGCUUAUGAUGCUAGGAGUUCAAGUAACCGAAAAAGACAUCCAGACACUUGAUGGGAAAACUGCUGCGUACGACGCUCUUAUCGACGAGAAUGUUCUCACUACUGCGAUGAUUUGGCACGACAACAUGAUGCCUGCUUUCCUAGGCCUCGUACGGGCCAGCUCUGUAACUAUCCGCAUGAUUGCGAUCCGCCACCUCAAGAUUAUUUUUGCUUCCUCCACUGCAGCCAGCUCUAUUAAUCGCCACGUCCUUAUCUUUGGAAGUAUAUCCAGCAUGGGGGGCACUGCUACCGAAUCGUCAACAACAGAGCAGGUGCCUAUCAUCGAGGCCAUUUUGAGUCUUCGUGGUGAUCCACAGCGCCAUUAUGAGAACAUUGCAUCCCCACCAACUUCGCUUUUUGGUAUCAAGCUAAAUGGUUGCCCUGGAGUACCUAUGAGUCGUCUGCGAGACAUGGUGCUUAACACACAAGAACCCGAUGAAGUUCGCGUAAAUGCGCUGUAUUCUAUAAUAGUGCAAGACGAUGUUGACUUUGUUCGCGGAUUAUUGGCACUGCACGGAGAUGGUGACCGUAAAAAACAGGGUGUGAGUGCAAGCUGCUUCAACGACAUGUCAAGUCGCAUGAAAUUAGCAUUAGUAGAGCUGAUGUCCGUAUACCAGCCAAGUGGGUGUGUGGAUUUCAUCACUUUAAUGUCUUACGAUGUGAUCUCAUCUAUGAUCUGUCUGGAAGUGAAGCAGAAUGAAAUGGCGUGGUUUUUGCUGCAGGAUCCGUUUACUACUCUUUCUCGCUUCAUCUCCUCUACCGAAGAACUUGAGGUGGUCGUGGUUUCUUUACUUAAAACUACAUUAGACAAGAUGAAUGAAAUGCUCUCCGCGGAGAUGAAUUUGCGUUUUAAUGAAGGCACGCCUUCGCGCGAGUCGAUUUUAUGGCGUAAUGCUGAAAGUUUGGCAUCGCUUGCAGCUGCUGUAGUGCUUCACUAUGACCCCGAUACGCUUGGAAAAGUUGAUCCAGGUAAUUUAAAAAAUAGUUCAGGCUGGGAUACCGAGAGUGUGACUCAGGUAUCAGUGUUUUGGAAAUGUGAGCGUGCGAUCUGGCACGAGGCCGAAUUGGUGGAUUCAAUUUUAGGUAUUUGGCAGCACUUUGCAUCUCAUUUUCACUCAGAUUCGGAUGCUAGCUUUGCGCGACGAUCCAGCAAUUCUCACCGUCGUAAUAGCAAUGCUACUCGUCCAAUAGAAAAUGGAAUGAACAGCCCACCUUCGCUGGCUUCUGCUGCUCGCUCAAAUGCGGGCUCGACAAUGCUUGGAUUCGGCUUCAAUCGGUUACCCAUCGGUGUGACGCAAGGCCUGGGUAGUGCUGCUUCACCGCCAGCCACGCUGCCUGGAAAACAUAAUAUAUCUGCACGGCCACAUCCUGGUGGACCGAUGCGACAGAUUCUUCAGCUGCUCUUGCGAUGCUUGUACCUUGUCCUUAUCUCUGACGAUCACGAGACUGCCACUCGCGGUGAAAGUAUUGACAACGACGAGCUUUCUUCCGUUAAACUUCGACUUCCUGCUAACUCGGUUUUUUUUCAGCGAAUUAACAAACUCGAGUACUUUAUAAACGCAAUGGGUCUGGGGCACGAAAUUGCGCAAUUUAAUUCGUGCUUCGCGCCUUCUCGCUCUGGUUCAAAUGGAAUGACCACAACGUCUGGUUUGGUUACAGCAAGUGAAAGCGUUAAGGCUGCUCCUGGAGACGAAACUACGCUGUUGCUCUGGCUUAUUCCAGAGCUGUCGUCGCUGAUCGACCGUGUUCGACGGAAGUCUUGGUCUGAAUCGGCAGUUAAGCUGGCCAGUAUUCUGGCAUCGCUAGUGUCCGUUCCGUUACGUUCUUCCGACCAACUAGCCGAGCUUCUUGACCGUAACGAGUUUAUAACCAAUAAUCAAGAAGUACGCCGACGCGACAGCUUUUACCAUGAACAAAUGGCUCAUGCGCGCGAUAUUCGAGCUUUGCGUCGCGUUGGUAUGUUUGACGAGGAAGCGAAUGAAAAGAAACGCGCCAAGCUUGAGCUGGCAAGAAUCAGCAAGUUCACUCGCUCGCCGGCUUCGUUAAGUUGCUCAUCAAACGAAGGAGAGGAGCAUGUAUGGCUUGAACGUGUAAAGGCAAAGGACAUUGAUGACUGGAUGAAGCUUCGAGUGCUGGCUAAGUGGGGCGUUCGCCAUGUAUGGGGAGCUAAAGAUGAUGCGGUUGUGGACGCUGUGGGUGAUGGAACUAUUAUCGGUUUAUGGGGUGACAAUGAGUUCUGGCGUGUUGACAUUUAUACAUCAAGUAACUGGAUCCGGUGUCGUCUGCUCCCUGAUACAGAUGAUACGAUCUCUUAUCGAUUUGGCUCGAAUCUUGCCUCCUCCAUUUUAUCCAACGAGAUAUCAACCAAUAUUGUUGACGAAUUGGCAAUGCCGUCAGUGGACUCUAUUGUGGUGGAUGAUGCAGCUCUUUCUGCAUCAGGUGAAUUAACAGAACAACUGUUUGAAGAGGAAGAAGAUGAUGAUGAAGCCCACACAGUCAGCAGCGGCGGCGACGGAGAGGAUCCUGAAGUAGCUGAAUCCGAAGAAAAUGACUAUAUUGGAUUAGCUCGACGUAUUAGUGACGUGGGUUAUUUAGAUGAUGACGGUACACCAACUUCAACAAAUCAGAAUGGCAAAAGCGACGAUGCUACAUCUCGUUUGAUGCUGCAUGAUCGAAUCCACAGCAGCGAAAUCGCGGGCGACGUUGUAGAUGCGACGUUACGCUUGAAUGCCAUGGGUGAAAACGUGGAGCUUUUGUCAACUGCACCAUUAGCCCCUUUGCCACCCGAGGGUACUGACAAUGCCGAUUCGAACUCAUUAUUUAGAGAUCGUCGUGCUGUUUCUGUUGAUGUGGCAAGUACAGUCAAGUCGGCGAAGGGGCGUAUCGGCACAAUGUCUACGAGGUUUUCUACUGGGAUAAAGCGUUUGGCGAGUGCACGUCCGACAACUCUGCUGUCAACAGCUGGUUCUGAAACUUCUGGAUCCCACAGAAGUAUUUCGAGCGUUUCAGAAGAAAGUGGCGAUAUGCAGGAUCCACAGGACUCAGGCUCACCCGAUAAAGCAGGGGAGGAAAGGCCAGCCCCAACGAGGAAUGAGCAGUCAAAGCCAAAUAGUCCCAAAGAAAAAAGUUCGUCGGGCCCGGCGUCACGGAUGAUGAAAAAAUUUCCAACCAAGCAUGACCAUUGGAAAUCGCUGGGAGCGCCAUUUCGCACCAAGGCGUAUUUGGUGCUUCCUUCUGGUGUUUUGGUGCGUGGUGACCUUCGUAUUGGUGUCGCGACUAUUGUCUUUGAAGGUGAACGUGUCGUGACACUGCGUGGAAUCGCGGACUCAUUUAAGUCUAAUGAAGAUGGAGGCGUUGCUGCUCGACAACGCAGCGCUCAGCGUCUUCACGAGGCUUAUGUGUCACAGGUGAAGCGCCGGGUCUGGGGAGUCCGCGUAAUUCGUAUAAUUCAUAGACGGCGAUUCCUCAUGGAGGGUCAGAACGGCCUUGAAAUUUACUUUGUGGAUGGUAGCUCGUGUUUUUUCGGGCUUGAGAAUAACGGAGAGGCCGAUCUAGUGUAUGCUACUCUUAAAGAACGCAAGCCGCCAUGCCUUGCAAAAUGGGGUAAGCGAUUGUUAUCAGCAGAGAGAAUGCUGUCGAAGAGCAAGUGGACUGAAAUGUGGGUGCGCCGUGAGAUAAGCAAUUUUGAAUACCUGAUGGCACUAAAUGUCUCGGCGGGGCGCUCGUAUAAUGAUCCUUCCCAGUAUCCCGUCUUUCCAUGGGUAUUAAAAGAUUACGAUUCAUCAGAGAUUCGCCUCGAUGAUGAACAAAGCUAUCGUGACUUGCGUCGUCCAAUUGGUGCCCAAACGCCUGAGGCUAUUCAGCAAGCUCGUGCAGUUUACGAAGGUUGGGAUCCCAAAACACCUAUUCCGGCGUUCCAUCAUGCAAAAACGUACUCGCACAUGCAGUCAGUACUGUAUUUCUUAAUUCGACUUGCGCCUUUUACGAACGCAAUUCUUGGAAGCGAGGAGCAGCUUAUUCACCACAUGGCGGCCAAUGAACCGACAUUUAAUUCGGUGGCUGACGCCUUCCGAAUGUGCACAAGUGAUGACCGAAAUAUGUUCGAGCUAACGCCGGAAUUUUUCUACUUGCCUGAAUUGUUUUCAAGUGCUCGAAAUAAAACUUUAGCUCGACACUUUGCACCGGGACAAGAUGUUAGUAUGACGGCGAGCUUAAAGCGUGAUGUGGCACUUCCUCCAUGGGCCGCAUCACCGUACGACUUUGUGCGACUCCAUCGCCUGGCACUAGAGAGCGAUUAUGUAUCCAGCAACCUCCACCACUGGAUUGAUCUGAUAUUCGGGUACAAGCAAAAUGGAGCCAUGGCCGUGGAUGCAUUAAAUACAUACCAUAUCGCCUCUUAUCCAGAGCGCCUGGAUCUCAGCACAUCGAGCGACGGUGUGCGGGCAAAACUUGUGCAGCGAGGAACAGUUCCAAUUCAACUCUUUCGUAAGCCGCAUCCAGUGCGCAUGACACAGGACGAGUCAUUAGAGGCUCGCUUUCCAGCAUCACAUAGUAUGGCCAUGCUUUCUUCGCGUCGACAAGUGCGUCGUUAUGAUCUUCCAUCUAAGCAUACCGCUGCUGUCAGGAGUGUGCAUUUUUCGAAUGCCUUAAACCAUGCGGUUGCACUCACUGCACUUACCGGAUCAACACCUGGACUCGGUAGUGGCACAGGUAUGGGUGCCCACAGCACUGGAAGUAACGAUCAUGGGGUUGUUGUGUAUACGACAGAUAGCGACGGUGUCGUCUUAGCGAAGCGCUACAUGAAUGCUGUUCCCGACACUGUGCGUUCUUGCCCAUUUUCGAUGGUUGAUGUAGAUCAAUGGUGGAAGCUUCCGCCCGGAUGCCUUGUUAGCGAAGGUGUCGUUUUCUAUGAACAAAUGAUCAGUUGUGGCUACUGGGAUGGUAGUUGGCGUAUUCACUGGGCAGCUGAUGGUGAACUGCUGCAGCGGAUCGCCUUUCAUAAAAAGCCGAUUUUGUGUAUGGCGCGGAGCGAAGACGAUUUUACAGGAGACAUGGCGCUGGCAUUUGGAAGUGAGGAUUGCACUGUGUCUGUUUGGGCUUUGUCUAAGCUUUCGGCAUCUCGCUCGCGACGUCUCUUUUUAAAAAAAGAGCUGCCAGUAGGUGGUUUACCAUGGGUUCUGCUUGUUGGUCACACGAGUCCUGUGGUCGCUGUGGCCCUAAAUGUGGAUUUAGACGUCGUAGUCAGUGCCUCAAAGGACAACAUGCUAUUGCUACACUCGCUCCGCGGCUCGACGCCUCUGCACGCACUGGCGCUCACACCUGGACCGAUGGAAACAUCAGCUGUUUCUCACAUGGUCAUUUCGGCCCAAGGGGAUACUCUUGUUCACUCCAUCACAACCCACAAGACUCAGAGAAGUGGGCGUUACUCUCGAGCAAACUCAAUUUUUUCCGAUGACAAGGCUCAGUUGACGGUUGGAGAAACUGGCAGCGGCAAUUGCAGCAUGGUAGCGGGAGGUCUUUCCAGUAGCGGUUACGUGGCAACAAUGGAUCAACACGAAAAACGGAACGAUGGCUCUGAGCAGCAGUCUGAGCUGUAUAUCGUCUCAAUUAAUGGUCACGUAGUAUCUCACGAUAAGCUGUUUACAAAAGAGGAGGGAGAGUCGACUGAGGAGAACGAUGACAAGCCGAAAGUGCCGCAGUUACUGCUCGAGCGUGGCGUACUCUUUACGCGAUCGGGAGAGUAUCUGAUUACGGCCUGCGCCGGCGCUGACGCAGCUAUCGAAGUACGUGAUGCAGGUAUGCCUGGCUCUGUGGUUCGACGUAUUGAAUGUAAGAGAACAAAUGCUGAGCUAACGAGUUUAAGCAUGGGCCAAGACGAGCGAAGCAUUUUAUGUGGAUACGCUGAUGGCGCAAUUGUAGCCUAUGCCCUUCACUUUGGAAUAGCAGAUGGUUGCAAGAGUCUAGUUGGUUUGGAUAAGCAGGCACGCGAGCGCGAGCGCGCUGCUCUCGCACAGGCUACAAAGCGCGAUUUGCUACGUAGCAAAAGGCGAGAGGAUCUGAUACCGGCAUUUUUCCGCAGCAAUGGUAGCGCUGAGGGCACCUCUCUGUGGUCGCGCCUAGGCAAAUUGGGCAUGCCGGAAGCGCCUUACAUUACGCACAUGCAGGAGCGCUUCGCCCUACUGAAGCAAAGCUGUGUUACUGGAGAAGACAAGUUUGAGAAAAUGCUUUUUGCCCUUUGGACGGCCAUCUAUUCGCACGAGCCCUUAAGUAAGGAUAAAUUGCUGGAGGAAGCUCUGCAAUUUGAAAGAGUCGGAGAAUCAUGGAGUCGAUUAGGAUUUCAGCGGCCGGAUCCGACGACCGACUUUCGUGCUGGUGGCAUGCUAAGUCUCGACUGUUUGGUGUACUUCGCCUCGCAUUAUACCGAUCAGGUCGUGCGCAUGGUGAAGAGUCAGGUGCCUGGAUCGCAUGAUCACACGUACCCGUGGGGUCCUGCUGGGAUCAAUGUGACAUGUAUGGUGGCUCGCCUUUUCUGGAAGUUUGACGGCGAGCUGGUCCGCGAGCAACAAUCAAACUGGCCAUUGUUUUAUGAUAACGAGGCAUUUCAUCUGCUAUUUUCGGAGGUGUUUGUGCUUUUCGAUUUCCUGUGGAAUGAGAUGAAUGCCAACUAUGGCAACUUUUCUGUGGUAAUGCAAGCAACUAGCGAUCGGAUCAUGGAGGUAUUGGAAGGGGCUCAAGGCGACAUUAACGUGAUCCUAACGGAGUUACGGUCGCAAAGUGUACCUACUGAAAGCAAGCAGCGACAAGAAUUGUUGCGCUCAACGGCGGAAUCUCUGACUCCAAUCAACGUAAAAAUACCUGGAGAUGUGAAUGUGGUCAAUGAGGGUCUUACUGCCCCAGAUGGCACGAGCUUUCCGCCUUCCACGCCUCCAAGUAAGUCGCCACGGUCUACGUGGUCAUUUACUAGUCGUUUAGGUCUCGGCUCGCUGAGCUCGCAACAUGUCGGGUCAACUUCACCUACAGGAACGACGAUAACUCCUGAUGCAGCUACCAUUCAAUCUUCGAAGAAAGUGUCAAUCCCCGCAGCAGAAUCAGCAAAAUCAUUGGUCCCGGACGCUAAUGACUCGUUUGCAAGCAAUAAAACUAGUGGAUACGAAGAGAAGCCGCUUUCAUCAUCUCCUGUACAAAGCGACGACCCCUUUGCGUGUCUGAUGUAA